AUGGAGUCAUUUCGAUAUCCAGAGAAGGUGGCACUACCGAAAGGUGUAAAAGACAAAUCUGAGUUCAAAGAUUUGGUCAACGCCAUCCGCGUAGAGGAGAUAGACCGGCGUAUUCAAGCUGCAGCAGCAUCCAACGACCAAAGUCUGAUUCGGUGGCUCAAGGCCAGAAAGCAACACGUUUUGGGUCAGCAGGUCCAAGGAAAUGUCACUGUGUCUGGAGGAAUUUAUACAAAUAAGAUCUACAUUCCUAUCCAGGAAUUUCCUGAAAGCAACUUUGUAGGCUUAAUUAUAGGCCCUAAAGGUUCCACCCAGAAACAACUUGAAAGAAUCACAAGAACUAGAAUAUACAUAAGAGGGUCUUACAAGGAUAAGUAUGCAGAGCCUUUGCAUUGCUACGUAACCGCAGAGACACAGGAAAACCUGGUGAAUGCAACUGCAGUAAUAGAAAACCUGAUAGAGGAUUCCAUACUUUUCAGAGACUCUAGACUGAAGACAUCCCAGCUUCAAGCAAUGAGGGAACACAAGACAGAACCUGAUGAAGGGAUUAGCGACUGGAAAAAAUAUUACUAUUGGUGGUAUUUCCAUAACAAAAUACAGAAAAAAGAGAGGCCAAACAAUGUUUUAUCCAAACUCUAG